AUGAGCGCCACCACCGGCCCCGAAGCAGCCCCCAAACCAAGUGCCAAGUCCAUCUAUGAGCAGAGGAAGCGUUACUCCACGGUGGUUAUGGCCGACGUGUCCCAGUAUCCAGUCAAUCACCUGGUGACGUUCUGCCUGGGUGAGGACGAUGGUGUACACACUGUGGAAGAUGCCUCGCGGAAGCUGGCCGUCAUGGACAACCAGGGCCGCGUGUGGGCGCAGGAGAUGCUGCUGCGAGUGUCCCCCGACCACGUCACGCUGCUUGACCCCGUCUCCAAGGAAGAGCUGGAGUCGUACCCGCUGGGCGCCAUCGUGCGAUGCGACGCGGUGGUGCUACCCGGCCGGAACCGUUCGCUGUUGCUCCUUGUGUGUCAGGAGCCCGAGCGCCUGCAGCCAGACGUGCACUUCUUCCAAGGCCUCAGCAUCGGGGCGGAGCUGAUUCGCGAGGACGUCCAGGGGGCGCUGCACAGCUACCGCUCGGGCCGCGGAGAGCGCAGAGCAGCGGCGCUCAGGGCGACGCAGGAAGAGCUGCAGCGCGGCCCCUCGCCCGGAGCGGAAACGCCGCCCCUACAGCGCCGCCCGUCGGUCCGCGCAGUGAUCAGCCCAGCGGAGCCCGGCGCGGGAAACAGGCGACCCAAGUCGGAGCCCAUUCCCGAGGUGGAAGAGGCCCGGGCGCACGGCCUGGUGGCCACCUUCAACAGCGCUUACCCUGCCUCUCCGGACUUAGGGUCCCGGGGGCCUGACAUGGCCAGUCUGCAGGCAGAGCGGGAAGUGGAUAUCCUGAACCAUGUGUUCGAUGACGUGGAGACCUUCGUAUCCAGGUUGCAGAAGUCUGCGGAGGCGGCCCGCGUCCUGCAGCACCGAGAGCGCAGCCGCAGGAACCGGCGACGCGCCGCUGGGGAGGGCCUGCUGACGCUUCGGGCCAAGCCGCCCUUGGAGGCAGAGUACACGGAGGUUCUUCGGAAAAUCAAGUACGCCUUCAGCCUGCUGGCCAGGCUGCGCAACAACAUCGCUGACCCCUCCUCCCCAGAGCUGGUGCACUUCCUGUUCGGACCCCUGCAGAUGAUCGUGGACACAUCGGGCGGCCCGCAAUUGGCGAGCGCUGUGCGGCGGCCGCACUUGACGUCCGAAGCAGUGGUAUUGCUGCGGGACACUGUCAACCCACGUGAACACGCGCUCUGGAUCUCGCUGGGGGACUCUUGGACCAGGCCUGGGGUGGAGCUUCCCCCAGAGGAGGGGUCCCCCUACAUCCCCGAGUUCUACAGCGGCUGGGAGCCCCCGGCCACCGACCCGCAGGGCCGUGCCUGGGAGGACCCGGUGGACAAACAGCUACAGCACGAGCGGAGACGCCGGCAGCAAAGCGCCCCCCAGGUCGCUGCCAAUGGUCAACAGGAGGCAGAGUUAGAAGCUGAGCCUCGGCUGGAGCCCGGGCCGGCGCCAGUGCCGACGCCGGCGGUGGUGGGGCGCAAGUGGGUCCUGUGUAAUUACAGCUUCCAAGGCCGCAAUAGCAGCGAGCUGUCGGUCCAGCAUCGGGAUGUACUGGAGGUCCUGGAUAGCAGCCGCAAGUGGUGGAAAGUUCGAGACCAGCAGGGACAGGAGGGCUAUGUGCCGUAUAAUAUCCUGACACCCCACUCAGGACCCCAGGGGUGCCGAAGCCCUGCGCACAACGUGCCGAGCACCACGCUUCCGGCCCCAGCCCCGGUCCCGGCAUUAGGUCGACCCCCCUGGGACGGCUGCGAUGGUAUCAACAACUUGGACCCCAGCGAAAAGGAGAAAUUCUCCCAGAUGCUCAGUAUCAACGAGGAGCUGCAGGCGCGCCUGGCUCAGGGCCGCUCGGGCCCCAGCCGCGCCGCCUCGGGCCCCCGCGCGCAAGAGUCACAGCUCAGUCCCCGCUCAGAUGCCUCGGAAGUCCGCGCCUGGUUGCAGGCCAAGGGCUUUAGUUCCAGCACGGUGGACGCUCUGGGCGUGCUGAACGGUGCGCAGCUUUUCUCGCUGCAGAAGGAGGAGUUCCGGGCUGUGAGCCCGGAGGAGGGGGCGCGCGUGUACAGCCAGGUCAUGGUGCAGCGCGCGCUGCUGGAGGACUCGGAAAAAGUGUCAGAACUGGAGGCGGUGAUGGAAAAGCAAAAGAAGAAGGUGGAAGGCGAGGCGGAAACGGAGGUCAUCUGA